AUGGGCUGGGUCAGUCGUCUGGUGGCUUCAGUGGUGGAGACUUUUGAAAGUGUGAAACACCGGCGACGUAGCUGCCAGGGUCAGAGCGACAUCCAGGCCGCCACGCUGCUCACUUGGGUUCCCUCUCUCUGCCCACCCACCACCCCCCGGUUCCAGUACAAUGAGCUGCCCCACUACUCCAGCAUCGUGGACGGCCCUGCAGCCUUGGCUGGCUUCACAGAGACCACAAGAGCCCCGGGGCCCUACAGUGCCCACCGACCUCCUCAGCCCCCAGCCCAGGGCUUGGACAAUGAUGGGCUGAAGAAGGAGAAGGAUGAGAUUUAUGGACACCCCCUCUUCCCGCUCCUGGCGCUGGUCUUUGAGAAGUGUGAAUUGGCCACGUGCUCACCCCGAGAUGGAGCUGGGGUUGGGCUGGGCACACUGCCUGGAGGAGACGUCUGCUCAUCGGACUCUUUCAACGAGGACAUUGCUGCCUUCGCCAAGCAGGUCCGCUCCGAGAGGCCUCUCUUCUCCUCCAACCCAGAGCUGGACAAUCUGAUGAUCCAGGCCAUUCAGGUACUCCGGUUCCAUCUGCUGGAGUUGGAGAAGGUCCAUGACCUGUGCGACAACUUCUGUCACCGCUACAUCACCUGCCUCAAGGGAAAGAUGCCCAUCGACCUGGUCAUCGAGGAUCGGGAUGGUGGCUGCAGGGGGGACCUUGAGGACUGCUUAUCUUCCUGCCCCAGCCUCCAAGACCAGAACAAUACAUGGAUUCGAGACCACGAGGACAGCGGAUCUGUACAUCUGGGGACCCCGGGUCCAUCCAGCGGAGGCCUGGCCUCCCAGAGUGGAGACAACUCCAGCGACCAAGGAGAUGGGCUGGACACAAGCGUGGCCUCCCCCAGCUCUGGUGGAGAAGAUGAGGAACUGGAUCAGGAGCGACGGAGGAACAAGAAGAGGGGGAUUUUCCCCAAGGUGGCCACCAACAUCAUGAGAGCCUGGUUGUUCCAGCAUCUCUCGCACCCGUACCCCUCGGAGGAGCAAAAGAAACACUUGGCGCAAGACACGGGACUCACCAUCCUGCAGGUCAACAACUGGUUCAUUAACGCCCGGAGACGAAUUGUACAGCCGAUGAUCGAUCAAUCCAAUCGCACAGGGCAGGGUGCAGCCUUCAGCCCAGAAAGCCAGCCCGUCGGCGGCUACACGGAAACUCAGUCACAUGUGACCGGAAGGCCACCAGGAUCGAUGGGAAUGAGUUUGAACUUAGAAGGAGAGUGGCAUUAUCUAUAGAGGUGGAUUCAGGAAAUGUACCCCAGCCUCCAGACUGUGAUCCACACCCGGCCUCAGUUCCCACCUGGUCCUCUGGCUCCAGGACCCCACCUCUGAAGGCUCCUCCCCCACUCAACGCCUACCUCCCUGGGGCUCCUGCUAGGACACAGGGGCCCGAGUGCCCCCUCAAGGGCCUCUCAAGGACAAAGACAGGGCCUCCAGGCUGUGAGCCUCGCCUCUGCCCUCCCCUCAGCUGGCCUGGACCUGAGGCUUCAGAAGAUGGCGACCGGAAGCCCCACUUCCAGGACAGAGAAGGGACUGGAGUGGGCUGGGCUGUCAAGGGAGGAGGGCCAGGAUCCGACAAUUUGGGGAGAUUCCCUUCACCUUCCCACCCACUCCCCGUUCUCUCUCCCCAUCCCCUUCUCUAA